ACUAUCCCCAACUUUUUCCCUUCUCUCUCCCCACUCUCUCCUCUCUCUCUCCCCUUCCUCUCCUCUCUACUGCUCCAUUACCAUUACCCACUUCGCAGUUCUCGCACACCCAAAACAGAAAAGAGGAGGUUUUUUUUUUUUCAAAAAAAAAGAAGAAAAGAAAAGGAAAAAAUAUUCGAGGAAAAGGGAAAAGAAGAGAGAAAAGAGAGUAGGGAAAAUGUGGGAAGAAGCGAUACCGUGGAUAUGGGGGUGGGCGCAGGGGUGGUUGACCCCGGCGGUGCUCUUCGUCCUCCUCAACCUCGUCAUAGGCACCAUCGCCGUCACCUCCAAGGGCAUCGUCCCCCGCGAUCCCCAACCCCCCGGAGGCGCCGGAGCCGAGCUCCACCCCGCCGAAGCCGCCCCGCGCAAGCUCCCCCGCGCCCCCUCCCGCCUCCUCGACCGCGUCCGCUCCUUCACCCUCCACUCCCACCCCAACCUUCGCGGCGCCGCUCCGCCUCCUCGGCCCCAGGCCCUAGUAGAUCCCCUCCCGGAUCCCGUCCCCGCCGCAGCGGAGGACGGGAACCGGGCGGAUCCGGAGGAGGAUGAGGUGGACGAGGAAGAGGAGGAGCUCCGCCUCCCCCACGGCCACCAGCUCGGGCGGAGCCACUCGGACGCGCACCCGGCGGCCGGGGAGAGCCCGCCGCCGCCGCUCGCGGCGCGGAUGAAGAAGUCGGCAAGCGAGAAGUCGGCGUUCGCCCACUUCGAGGCGGCGGAGGUCGCCGAUGCGGUGGCGGAGCUCUGCGACGAGGACGAGGACGAGGACGAGGACGAAGUUGGAGGCGGCGGCGGCGGCGGCGGCGGUGGAGAGGUGGACGCGCGCGCCGACGACUUCAUAAACCGCUUCAGGCAGCAGCUGAAGCUGCAGCGCCUCGACUCCAUCAUGAGGUACAAGGAAACGCUCAAUCGUAAUGGCGGUGCUGGACCUGGAUCUACACCCCCAAAAUAAACUUGAAUUAAAUCAAAUUCUAAUUUUCACUCUGUUUUUCCUAUUUAAUUCUUGUUUCUGUUUUCACCGUUUCUGUCCUCUGAUGAUUCCGCCGUAGCUCUGUAAACUUUUUUUUUCUAAAAAAAAAAAAAUUUAAUUAAUUUCUAGUUCUAGUUAUAGUUCGGUUUUUUUUUAUUUAUUUAUUUAUGUUCAUUAACCCUUCUAGAAAGUACGGAUGGAUGGAUUGCUGAGGGGGGCAGUUAUA